CAGUGCAUCAGAGAGGUUUCAACCAAGCUUGAACAAGCCACAUCCAUCUAGACAGCAGAGAUGGCCACUUCCCAACUUCACCUAACUCUCUCUCUGCUCUGUCUGGCCAUGACAGCAGGCAUCAUAUCAUGUGGUCGGUCUCAUAUGGUUUUGAGCUCUCCAUUAGAGGCAUCUCAUAGCAAUCCAGGUGAAGAGGAGAUGCCAGAGAGAUACUCCCUUUCAGAGCUCCAGUGGAUGCUCAGUAACUCAGACCCAACAGCCAUCCAGUCUGACAGCCCAUCUCUGGGGUUAUCACAGAAUGGACUGGACCUAAUGAGGAGAGACAAUGGAGACAAAGAGCGAAAGCCUGGCUGCAAGAAUUACUUCUGGAAAUCCAGAACUGCAUGCUGAUCUACAGCAACCAACAUGUCCAAUCUAGAGGCCUCCAGCACAAUUGCCAUGCUGCCAAUCAUAUCCUCCUUUCCUGAAUCCACACUAAUUAUAAGACAUUCUGUAUUUUGUCUCAAAGAAAGGAAUGCACCUCAGUAAAUGUAUCAAUUCUCUGUGACCAGCGUUCCUCAAUCUCAGUAUUAUCUUGAUUUUUUUAAGCAUUGACUGCUUGCAAUAAACUGAAUA